GCCAUUUAUGAAAGUGGUCUAUUUAUUCCUGUUUCCAGUUGAGCUGGUCUGAGGCUGUUAUUGCUCACAGUUGAUGCAAGAGAGUUUACAUACCCUCUAUAUGCAAUCCGCUGAUUUAAAUAAUGGACACUCCAAAGACAAGUAAUUCAACGAGAAGCCUUGUGGCAAAAGCCAUUGACUGCCCUGCAAAGGAAUUUGGUGGCGGUGUGAAGACGGUGGGUGAACUUGGCAGUCCUCAGAAGUUUCUUUACUGGCAAUUUCCCAAUUGGAGGACCAACAACAAGACUAUCAUGGUUCCUCCAGCCUACAAACCAACUGAGCCGGGCUACACAAUUUCAAAAGAUGGCAAAUAUGCUGAUGAAGAUGAUGUCAAUAUAAGAGGAAGACAAGGAGAGAAACUAAUGUACGAUCGUCUGCAAAAAGCUGGCCAAACCAAGAACAUAGGCAUGUUCGUCAUUCAUGGAUUUAACCUUAUAGAAAUCACCAGGUGGAAUAAAAAAUGCGAAAGUGAAGAUUCAGUGCCUGAGUUAGAUAACAUACCUAAAACAGGGGAAAGCGACUUCAUCAUAUUUCACCACGAGAAGGGAGUCAUUCUAUUCGAGGUUAAGAAUUUGAAGAAGUCUGACAAAGAAUUACUAGAAUCCUCACAUAGGGAUGCUGAAAUCAAUAAGGCAAAAGAUCAGCUGGAUAGAACCAGACAAGUUGUUGAAGCUUUUGCUGUAGUAAACAACUCCAGCAAUGAACAAUCUGAUCGUUUGGAGACACCUCCAGUGAUGAUGGUAAUUGUUCUUCCUUCCACGAAGAGGGGUAGUCCACAUUUGCACGUCAAUGAAACUUCAUUUAUGUAUGAGGAAGAUCUUGCAAGUCUAGAAAGCUUUUCAAAGUGGUGGAGUGACAACAUUGAAUCACGUCCCUCGAUGGCCUCCCCACCAGAGGCCAACAGGGCCUAUGAAUUAGCCCUAUCAAGAAUCUUGGCUGUACGACAUCUUGGCCCUGUAACUGAGUCGGAAUACACAGCUAACAUAAGUUAUACCUUGGACACCUUCAAGCACCUGGAAAACUUGGCCGGUAGGCGCUUCCGCAGGAUCAAGGAAGGCGAAAACCCCCAUCUCUUUCGCUGGUGCAAGUACAUGAUGUCUCAAGACAAUCUCCCUGUUGCCAAAGUUGCAGAAAGAGAAGCUUUCGACACACUUAAAAGCGUCAAUGUUAUUGCUUCUGAGGCAAACCUUUUGAAGGCUCUCAAUAAACAUCUUUCAGAUAAAAGGUUCCUUCUAGGUAGCAGGAUGGCCCUUGAAGACAGAAAGAUAUUCCAGUACCUUUGGACAGUGUACAUAAUUGACAUUGACAGCAUCGCCAGAUUCAUGAAUAGAGUUACUGAUGCAAAGAAGAAACAAGUGAUAAUUAACAAGGGAAAAACCCUUACAGACCUAGGUUUAGCCAAUACAGAUGAUGUCACCAAACUCAAUGAGCUGUCACAGUUAUUGGACAAAAGCCAAAGUGGAUUUUUAGAAGGGGGAUGCUGCACAAAUCUAGACAUUCAACUUUGUGAAAACCUGGCCGGAGGAAAUGUUAGGAUUCUGGCCCUUCCUGGAAAAAGGCCAUGGGCACCUGUGUUUACAAUGGAUCAGCUUGCCGUGUUCGAAGGACCAAAGAAACAGCUUAUCAUCGGUGGACCUGGGAGUGGGAAGACAGAGUUGAUGAAGGCGAAAGCUCUCAUACUUGCCCAGAAGGUACCACCUGGAAAAAAGAUUUUAUACUUGAUUCAAGGUGAGAAACAGAGGGUCUUCCCUAAAGUCAUGAGGAAGUUUUUUAAAGAUAACAAGGUAAUGAAGUAUGUCCAUGUUCUGACAGUUGAGUUCAAGGGAGAAAAUCGCGAGGCCUUUGAAAACCAGCAAGCUCAGUUAAAAUGGGAAACAUACAGCCAUGUUUUCAUCGAUGAGCUAUGGAUUGGUUCAAAGAUCAGGUAUGAAAUGCAGCAGGAUGGCAAAAUGGAUUCUAUCGACGAGCUCACAAUUCCCAAACAAGCAUUAGUCAGCGUUGAGGGCUAUGUUUGGAUGAGUUCUGUCUUUGACUUUCGAGAAGAGUUUUUUCCAAAAAUUAGUGAAGAAAAAAUCAGAGAUAGGCUAAAUUUGCAGAGGCUGGAAGGCAAAAAGAAUUUGCUGUACGGAGAGCUCAAUACACCGUCUCUUCUGGAUACUCUGGCAAAAAGGGGAGGAAUCAUAAGUAGGAUCAAGCACCCUUUAAGGGGUGUGAACAACAUUGUAAAGCUGCUACAAGACUACAGUACCUUGUAUCUUGAAAGAAGUUUUCCUUAUGGAGUAGAAAACAUGCUCAAUCACAAUGUGGAUGGGCAAGAAAUCAGCUGGAUUGCUGUCCAUUCAGAGAGGAAUAAUGUCUCAACAGAGAGAACACAACAAGCUGAACAUUUACCGGUGGAUAGGGAUGAUCUUACAAUGUUGAUGUACAACAAAUGCGUGCAAUUCAUUAAACAAGUUCUCUGGUUCAAUCAGGACCUUCGCCCAUCUUUGUUGAUGACAACAAGCAAGAGUCAGUUGAAGUUACAGCUUGAUCCAGGUGAUAUUCUGGUUGUCAAUUUCAUUGCACGCUAUCAGUCCAAACACAAUUUAGGUGAUAGCCUCACCUCCAUGUUGGAAAAAAUGAAAAUUCCUGUCUGCAGCCUGAAUGAUCUUCAAGCAUCCUCAGUUGAGGAUGAAUUUCUUGACAGCUCAGGUGGUGUGUCUUUUGAAUUCAAAGUCAAGAAAGGAUUCAGAAUACAUUGAUGGUGCAGAGUGGCCUAUGGUAAUUGUGCUUCUAACACCUGAACUUCUGUUAAGUGACGGAAAUGGUGGGUUUGAACCAGUUCGCAACUAUGAUCCAUACAUAGCCAUGUUCCGAGCACAGGCAAAACUCGUUGUGAUAUCAGAUUCAUGGAGGUCAUCCCAAGACUUCCUCAACAGUGUCAAAAAAAAGCCAAGUUAACUUGGAAUCAAAAAUGAGGCUCUGUUUUCCUAGCUUGCAUAACUGGCAAUUUCUUGGUGGCAAGCAGCAAUCAGUUGGUUAAAUGACAACAAAUCAAAAUGUAAGCAUCACUCCCCAACAUAUUUUCCUUCAUUCUUAACAUAGUAACUAUUGCAUAGCUGAUUCAUAAAAAAUGCAGGAAAAUCAUUAAU